AUGAAUACCUUCAGAUACAAUAUCCACAGGGCUGGUCUCUUUGAUAUGGGUUUCAAGGGACCUAAUUUCACUUGGAAAAGGGGAUCUAUUUGGGAGAGGCUUGAUAGAAUGCUGGUUAAUGAUGCAUGGUUCAAUCACUUCCUUCUCACCUUUGUUACUCACCUUAGUCUUGAUGGCUCAGAUCAUAGACCUAUUCUUAUAAGCAUCACCUCAACUGAUUACUAUAGCUCCCCCCUCCCCUUUAGAUAUCUCAACAUGUGGGCUGCACAUCCAUCUUAUAGUAAUUACAUUGUUGACCUUUGGAAAGGGAUCAAGAUUGCUAAAGCCCUCAGAGGUUGGAGAUGGAACACUUUUAGAAAUGUUCAUGCCAUAGUCCAGAAGGCUGAAGAUGAAGUCAAAGCUUUGGAGAAUGGGGGACAGCUUGGUAUUGAGGAGGAGAAAAAGCUGCUGAGAAAAAAGAACAACCUCCUCAGUGCCAAUGAUUACUAG